AUAUACUGUGUAAACGUUUACGUGAAAAACCAAGUAACAAUAAAAACAAAUAAAUAAUUGAUUAGAUUUUAAAAGUGUUAAAUAAUUAUAUCAAUUCAAGAUGACAAUGGCAAUGCUCCAAAGACGGGCAAAUGUCCGACUUCCUCCAGAAGUAAAUCGUGUUUUAUACAUAAGAAAUUUACCAUACAAAAUAACAGCUGAAGAGAUGUAUGAUAUUUUUGGUAAAUAUGGUGCAAUCAGACAAAUCAGAGUUGGAAACACAGCAGAAACAAGGGGCACAGCAUUUGUCGUCUACGAGGAUAUAUUUGAUGCUAAAAAUGCAUGUGAUCAUCUUAGUGGUUUCAAUGUAUGCAACAGAUAUUUAGUUGUUCUUUAUUACCAAAGCACAAAGGCAUUUAAACGUGUUGAUAUUGACAAGAAGAUUGAAGAAAUUGAUAAUUUAAAAGCAAAAUAUAAUUUAAAUGAUGAUAAAUAAUUUAAUUUAACUGUAUUU